CUGGCUGCCCACCGUCCGUCGCGGUGCUGGGGACACUCCCGCCGCCUCCGCUCCGUCCCCCCUGGUCCCCGGGAGUGUGGGCAGGGCUGUCCCGGGGCUUCCGUGGGCCCGGCCUCUCCCACUUCUGGAGGAAAAAGCAGGGGAAGCCCCCGGCGCCCGCCGCCUCCGGAGAGCCGCGGAACCCCCGGCCGUGCAGGCGCUGAAGACGACCUCGGGCGGGGCCCCGGUGCGUCGUGCCUGUCGCCGUCCGUGUCCGGAGCGGCGGCCCGCGUCCGCCCGCUCGGCGCCCUGAGCCCCCUGCCCCGGGCCGUAGGGGCCCCACCCUGCGGGGCGUGGGCGACGGCCGGCCGGGGACCAGCAGAGCAGCCGUCGCGGGGCCUUGCCGCGGCCUCCAGCAACCCAGCCCCGGGGAAUGCAGUGGCCCCCGGUCCCUGGCGCCUCUCCGUGUCUAAGCUGGGCCUCCUCGCUCGCCUGCUCCGCGGCCACGACGCUCCUGAGCCGCGCCGGCCGGGCCCCCCUCAUGGCGGCCAAGUGGUUCAAGGAGUUCCCCCUGAACCUGAAGACCGUGUCGGAGCGGGCCAAGCCCGGCGGCGGGGGAGGCGGCAAACUGCGCAAGAACUCGGAGGCGGGCGGCUCCGGGCCCGCCCCGGGCAAGGGCCGCAAGAACUCGGCGGCCGAGUUGGGCAGCGGCCGGGCCGGGGUCGGACCCCCCAAGGACAGCCGGCUGUCCCGGGAUAGCCUGCAGGGCCUGAUUCAGGCCGCCGCAGGCAAAGGCCGCAAAAACUCCCGGACCACCGAGGAGGAGCCCCACCGGGGCGCGGCCAAGAGCUCAGGCUGCAGCACCUACAUCAACAGGCUCAUCAAAGUGGACACUCAGGAGAAGAACGGGAAGAGCAUCUACCCCAGCAGCACCAGCAGCAGCAGUAGCAGCAGCAGCUGUUCCUCCGCGUCCUCUUCCCCUUCAUCUCUGGGCCCCGAACUGGACAAGGGCAAGAUUAUUAAGCAGCAAGACACGGUCAUCAUUUUAGAAGACUAUGCUGACCCUUAUGAUGCUAAACGGACAAAAGGUCAAAGGGAUGCAGAGAGAGUAGGGGAGAACGACGGUUAUAUGGAACCCUAUGAUGCCCAGCAAAUGAUAACAGAAAUCAGACGACGAGGUUCCAAAGACCCCCUGGUGAAGGCGCUUCAGCUGCUCGACAGCCCCUGCGAGCCUGGAGAGAACGGCCCGAAGCCCGAGGCGCUGGCGAAGCGCCGAAGCUCCAAGGAGCUGCUCGGGAAGCCGCCGCAGCUGUACGACACGCCCUACGAGCCGGCGGCCGAAGCGGGCCCGUUCGCCGCCGAGGGGCCGGAGCGGAAGGCGAGGUUGCCCCCGGACGGCCACGGACGGCUGCCGCAGGACGACGAGAGGCCCGCGGCCGAGUACGAGCAGCCCUGGGAGUGGAAGAAGGAGCAGAUCGUGCGGGCGCUGUCGGUUCAGUUUGAAGGCUCUGAGCGACCUUCUGUCAAGGAGGAGCCACUGAGGCAGCACCACCGACAGAAGAGCUGGACCCAGAAGAUCCUGAAGCCAGCCCUGGCCGACCACAGUGAGGGGGAGAGAGUGGACCCAGCCCUGCCGCUGGAGAAGCAGCCUUGGUAUCAUGGUGCCAUCACCCGUGCUGAGGCAGAGAGUCGACUACAGUCCUGCAAAGAAGCUGGGUACCUGGUUCGAAACAGCGAGUCAGGAACCAGUAGGUACUCCAUUGCACUAAAGACUAGUCAAGGAUGCGUCCACAUCAUAGUGGCUCAGACCAAAGACAGCAAGUACACCCUGGAUCAGACGAGCGCGGUCUUUGACAGCAUCCCGGAAGUGGUACACUACUACUCCAGUGAGAAACUGCCUUUUAAGGGGGCAGAGCACAUGACCUUGCUCCACCCUGUACACAACAAGCUGCACCAAGGCUCAGCCUCCAGAAGCCCCAGCGGGGCCUCUCACGCCUAGGAGGGCAUCAGCGCCCGACCGGACUCUCAGGGGAUAAGGCUGGACUGCACCAUGUUUGGGAGGAAGCAGGACUCUUCGCUUAGAAGUCAAGAAGUCUUUGCCUUGAAUCCAUCCCAUGACACUUGGUUACUGACCUGGGCCCUUUCUCCUUGCUAAGCAGGUCUACCGCGAGAAACCAUAAUUUACCAGUUGCCUCCACUCCCUGGAGUAGGGCUGUCUAUUUGGGGCGUGACCCUCAGGAAAGGUAAGUCAGGAGUCCAGAAAUACUAAGGUUCUCCAAAAAUGCACUAGUUAUUCCCUGGAAUACCUAAUCUCUAAAUAAAGCAACAAACUUGGCAUUUAUAUAAAACAACAAAAAAUGAUCAGACAGACCCAAAGAGCAUGUAAUAUAAGACCGAUUCUUGGGGAAAAGCAUGAACAGUGGAAGAUGAGUAAUAGUGGACACUUUGGGAAAAAACUACCUUUCUCUUUUGAGGGUCGUAGUUUCAACUCCAGAGUCCAUAAAAAUUCACAGUUUUAGAGUCUGGUCAAAGGAUUAUUUUGUCGGCCAGCCUUCUAAGAAAAGUUUGUGUUUUCUCAAUUUCUGUAGACUUCUUUGGCAAAUCAGUUAUAUAAGCAUAAAUAAGAAGGAAGAUGCCCGUGAUUUAAGAAUCACCAAUAUAAUUAAGCAUUGGCAGUAUUGCCAUAAUUCUGAAUUAUAGAAUUAAAUUGCAGAAUAAGAUGCGCAACAAAGAUUUCAUUUCUGAAUUUUAACAAAUCUGAAAAUUUACAAAGCCCAACAAUUGUUUUCUUAUUGAAUAAUAGAACCUCUGGUCUCCUUUGUUUCAUCUUGGUCCAUUUUAGUAGUUAUUGGAACAAGUCAAUUUUUCAUUUUUAGCCCUAAAAUUAGAUGUACUUUGCAUUUUAGAGUAACUAUAUAUAUAUAUAUAUAGGGUCCCCUUAUAUAUGUGUAUAUAUAUAGGAUAUGAUUGUGGGAACUGGGUCUCUAAAACCUGCAGUUUCUCUCAUGCUGUACAAAGCAAACUGGUUUGCACUAUAUUAAAAUAUUUUAAGAGACUGAUGUUUUCUCUAACCUCUACUGCUUAAAGAUAUUAAAAUAAUAUUCAUAGUAUCAUUAUCUUUAUGAUUUAUUAUGAACUUAUAUCACCAAUGUACUUACUGUGAAAAAAAAAAAUGUGGAAAUGGCAUACUGUGAGAAGGCUACAGUGAGUGACUCUGUAAUGAAAACUGAGCAGAUGCUUCUGUAUUCUGGGGUUUGUAAUUUGGUUCUUGAAACUGGUCCAGAUACAAAUGUGCUGACUGUCAUCAAUGAAAAGUUAACUUUGUAACUAAUGUUAAAUACACAAAAAAAAGUUGAUCGAGUUAACUUUUAGGAAAACAUAUCCUUCUGGUUAUUAGUUAUCAUUUUCCUAUUAGGAUUUAGAGAUUAGUAAAUAUUCACAUCUUUAUUCAGUUAAGAAUGUACCCAGAAUUGUGUGAUCUUUGUUUUUAAAAAUUUGAAAAGAACUUUUCCUCACUGGAUCUCAAUGAUUUUAUUAGUCAAGGAUAUUCUGUUUUUUAAGUACUGAUAGAAUUUUUUUUAAUGUACUGGUGUAUGUACUUUAGUACAAGAUUUUUUUUUUUUUAAUUUUUAGCAUCCAUAGUUCCAAUUCCAUUCAGCACAUAUUUAUUUUCUUCCAUAUACAAAUAAUUCAUUCUAGUAAAUUUAUUUUCAGCUCAACAUUCUAGAGAUUAAAUCUUGGUUUUUUUUACUUAUCCUAUAAAGGAAGUUCAGCAGUUAUCCCAGUUUUAAUAAAUGCUGAAAACUUGGUAAAAUUUUUCUCUGUGCACUAAAUGAUUUCUGGCCCAUACCCAGCAACUGUGAUGAAUGUAACAAUGAAGUAACAUUUGAAAGCAGACCUGACAUAUUAUUUAUUGAGCUUCUAUCCUAGGCUCAGUAUUGUGCUUCCUUUAUGCUGUUUUUCUGUGACAGUCCUGCUCUUUUCUUUAUAUAAUUAAAAGUAGAGAUGUGGCGUUUAUAUAUAGUCCAGCUCCUUCGCAAUUGUGCAGGAGGUUAUAGUAAGGAGAAACAUAGUAAAUUAGUGGGAGGGGGGGAAAUAAGCUACACUUUUUUUCUGAAGUUGUGACACAAGCUGACAAAAGCAGGGAGUUCCCAGCUGGGUGGUGGCACGCAGUACCAUACCUUCUGAAAACAAUUGGGCCCAGCAGGGUGUCCCUAAAUGCUUCCUUGGCAAGCCCCGGGCGCUGAUCUGAAGCUUUGUGACCUGUCUCUGAGCUCUGAAUGCUUGUGCUUUUUGUCACUUUGUCCUGAUACAAGUGUUUUCCUGUGGUCUUCAUUCUCUUGAGUUCAUUCAGUCUCCUGAAAUAUUUUCUGAUUCUUUCCUGGGAGAAUAAUGUGUUCUCACAAACUUGUACUCGUUUGCCUUGAAUUUUCGCCUCCUUGGAGCUUUUUACGACUCCCUUUCCUCUUUAUCACACUUUGUUUUUUAAAAAAUGCUUUGCUGAUGAGUUACAAGAUGAGUAUAUUUCAUUGUCUCGUUUCAGGCCUCUAAGGACAGAGAGUGAAGGGACAUUUCUAUUUACUUUGCUGCCACACUUUUGUUUUGUUUUGUUUUUAAUCAAGAUGAAUUUCAACUACUGGAGUUGGUAUAUUUAAAUAAAUAGGAAUAAAAGAGAAAUGUUGAUACAUGUACCAAAAGGUAAAUACAGAUAUGCCUACUCUGUUCUGGGGAUGGAAGUGUCCUUUUUAGUUAUCCAAAGUAUUUUCUUAAGUAUAUAUCAAAAGCGCCUUUAUUCUUUGCGACUUAAAGUCUCCCUGUUUGCUGAAUAGUUAACUCGUUUAUUGACCUCUGCCACAGGGUCGGGGAGAGUGGACAGAUAAUUUAUAGGGCCAGCCAGAUGUUUUUGAGAUAGGUGGGAAAAUAGUCCAUACUUUUUAAUUGGGUCAUUUUAACUAUGUAAUUACUCUAUUAAUGGCCACUGUUAGUAAAUCUUAAUACUUAAUUCAGAAGAACAGCUGAGCAUUUGAGACAUUCUUCAGUUGCUUUUUAAAUGAGAGUAUUUUUUCUAGUCUAUUAAAAUGUCCUUUUUCAGUCAAAGGUUAAUGGCUCAUUUUUCUUUCAGUCUAGGGGGUAUAUUUCAUUUCCCUUCUCUCCUGAUCCUUUUAAUACAAUAUUUAGCAGAAUUUACUUGAUACCUUUCUCAGAGAUGGAUGUCUUUUAUUCAUUAGUUGUCUCUUAUUUCCCAUAACCAGCACUAUCUUGACCUUGUGAUCUGUUUAGAAUCACUCUUCUUUAUUGUCUGCUCCAAUUUUUGUACCCGGUUAACUUGGAGAAUCUUGGCCUGCGGUGAACCUUAAUUUUUCCUACCUUAAUUUCUGACCCUAUAGGAAGGAAAUGAUGGUGUGUUACUGCCAUCUAAUGGAGAGAGCGAAAACUGCAGUGGGAAAACAAAGCACAUUUAGAGCAGGGUUUUCUGAAGGAUUUCUGAUACAGUCCUUAGCAGGAAAAUGAUGACACAGCAGUUGCCAUCUUGAAAUCUGCCCUUUCCACUGGAAAGGUGAUUUGCAACCUAAUACAGCCAUCGUCAGGAGGCCCCUGGACUAUGGCUGGAUCAUGUCGUUUAGAAUCUGAAAUUGUUUCUUAAUAAAUACGCUGGCGAAAGAUCAUGGAGACAGGCAUCUCAUUUUUGUCACGUUCUUAACCAUUCAGUUACUUUUUCUGGGGCCUUAACAUUUUAAGCAUCAACUAAUACAUAAUGUUAAGUUUUGAGAACAUUUGAAGAUUGUAUGUAAUACAGGUGCCUAUCUAUAGUACUUCAGUAAUUUAUAGUAUAUCAGAAGGAUUUUAUUAAAAUUUCUGGAUGUAUUGCAGUAGCCAACAUAAGCUGCAUGCCCUCCUGAAGAUGGCUUACUCUGAAAUGUAACUUUAAAUAAACAUUAUUCCAAGAAA